AAUGAGAGGUGAACUGACAACAUCAUAACAUCCCAGUUUACCAUUACUUUCAAUGCCCAUGGACCCCCUGACCUACACCUUUACCAAAGAUGAGAAGUACUUAAUAAAAUGCCUGACUGCACAGGUUUUCAUCCUAGCCUUAAAUAUUGAGACUGUGUCUGAACCUCGAACAUUUACAGGAAGGUUACUCUAUAGUAGAUUUUCUAAUUCUUGGUACUAGUAAAGAGCCAUAAUAUAUGUUGCUAACUGUCUGAACCUAAGAAUUCAAGAGUACUUACAUGCAACAUCCACUUCACCUAGAAAAUCAUGUGCAAGAGCGACAUCUAGAGCUGACCUCUAUGUUCUCACUAGUUCGAGCAUGCGUUUCACUUCCGGGCAUAAGUGCAACAAAGCGACUGGUAAUUCAUGUUAAUGAGUUUUUUAUUUUAAAUCAUGUAUCAUCCACCGGUGCUGAAGAACAGGAGGACUCUUUUGGAACGUUCAGAAAAGUUUAUCUCUGACACAUAUUUCACCGACUGCAAUCUCAGAGGAAGGCUUUAUGGCGAUACUCAUCAGCUCACGUCUCUCUCAGUAUCUCAGACUGCAAAGCGUAUCUCAUACUCCGAGGCUGUCCAGCAAAACUUUCAGCCGUGCAAAGUUGGUGACGCAUUCGGAUCCACGUGGUGGACAUGCUGGUUCAAAGUUGUCCUGAAGAUUCCAGAGGCUUGGAGAGGGAAGGAGGUUCAUCUGAGAUGGGAGAGCGAUGGGGAGGGAAUGUUGUGGCGGGAUGAGCAACCUGUCCAGGGUUUAACAAAAGAAGGUGAAAAGACCAGUUACAUUCUGUCAGAGUGUUUAAAACAGAAUGAACCUCACAGCAUCACUCUGUAUGUGGAAUUGGCGUGUAAUGGAUUGUUUGGAGCUGGUCAGGGUUCCUUUAUAGCUGCCCCUGACCCAAACAGGAAGUAUACUCUUCAGAAGGCCGAGCUUGUUGUUUUUAAUCGUGAUGUGCAGGAGCUUCUAACUGACUUUGAGAUGCUAGUGGACAUUGUGAAGAUGUUGGGUGAGGAAGACCAGCGUGGAUAUCAGGCUUUGUUUACAGCCAAUGAGAUGGUGAAUUUGUGUGACCCAACCGAUCCCGAUUCUUUCUCUUCUGCCCGGAGCUUAGCCCAGAAGUUCUUUAGCCAGAGGAAUGGGCAAAGCCAGCACAUUGUGCAUGCCAUGGGCCACUGUCACAUUGACUCAGCCUGGUUAUGGCCAUAUGAAGAGACUAUCAGGAAGUGUGCACGCAGCUGGGUCACAGUAGUACGCUUGAUGGAGAAGAACCCUGAGUUCAUUUUUACCUGUUCUCAGGCACAACAGUUUCAGUGGGUAAAGAACUGGUAUCCAGGGCUGUUUUCUCGGAUCCAAUACUUUGUGCAGAAAGGGCAGUUCAUUCCAGUUGGAGGCACUUGGGUGGAGAUGGAUGGCAAUUUACCUUCUGGAGAGUCUAUGGUUAGGCAGUUUCUAGAGGGACAGAACUUCUUCAAGGCAGAGUUUGGACAGUACUGCAAAGAGUUCUGGUUACCAGACACCUUUGGCUAUUCAGCGCAGCUUCCUCAGAUAAUGCAGGGUGCUGGAAUUGAUCGCUUUCUCACUCAAAAAUUAAGCUGGAAUCUUGUCAACACAUUUCCACACAAUACUUUCUUUUGGGAGGGUAUCGAUGGCUCCCAGGUGCUGACUCACUUCCCACCUGGAAAUUCGUAUGAGAUGAAAGGGAAAAUUGAGGACCUAAUUAAAACUGUAAAGCACAACAAGGACAAGGGACGUGCAAAUCACAGUGCCGUGCUGUUUGGGUUUGGGGAUGGAGGUGGUGGUCCCACCCAGCUCAUGCUGGACCGCCUGCAGCGUGUGCAGGAUUCAGAUGGUCUGCCAAGGGUAAAUAUGUCCACCCCGGAUCGGCUGUUCUCUGAACUCCAGGCUGAGUCUGGACUCCUGUGUACUUGGUCUGGUGAACUUUUCCUUGAGCUGCACAAUGGCACUUACACUACACAAGCAAAGAUAAAGCUUGGGAAUCGUCGUUGUGAGGCCCUGCUCCAUGACGUCGAAGUGGGCAGCUGUUUGGCCCUGAGCCAAAAUGUUGGCUUUUCCUACCCAACAAAACAGCUGCAGGAAUUAUGGAGGCUUCUCCUGCUCAACCAGUUCCAUGAUGUAAUUCCUGGCAGUUGCAUUGAGAUGGUGGUGGAAGAUGCAUUAGAAUAUUAUAAGGAGAUUCAGAAGACUGGCUCCAGAUUACUGCUUUCUGCAUGUCAUGCACUGAGAUCAACUCCUUGGAUGGAAGUUGGCUCCGGCACUGCAGUUCUUAACACACUAUCCUGGGACCGCACUGAAGUCAUAGCAUUGUCAGAAGAGGGAGCUCAGUCAAGGCUAGCCUUGGUCAAAGUCCCCUGUGUGGGUGUAGCUUCGCUCACAGAUUUGGCUGGAUCUGUAUCUAAAGUGACUGUAACAGUGCAGGCUGAUGGUACUGUGCGAAUGGAGAAUGGCCUUUUACAAGCUGUCUUGGACAGAAUGGGGCACUUGGUGUCCCUGCUUCUAGUGCAGACAAACAGGGAGGCCAUUUCUGAUGGUUGUUUUGGAAACCAGUUUGUGUUGUUUGAUGAUGUUCCCUUAUACUGGGAUGCAUGGGAUGUGAUGGACUACCAUCUUCAGACCAGGAAGCCAGUAGUGGAUGUGAUAAAGCCUGUUCAAGUGUUGAGCUCUGGAGGGCUGCGGGGCAGUGUCACCUUCUCCUUGCGCAUCAGUGCAAAGAGCAGCAUCACACAAGAGGUCAUACUGGAUGCCAACUGCCCCUACAUCAAGUUCAGUACACAAGUGGACUGGGCAGAGGCUCAUAAGUUUCUGAAGGUGGAGUUUCCAGUACAAGUGCGCAGUUCCAAUGCCACCUAUGAGAUCCAGUUUGGUCACCUGCAGAGACCGACACACAGAAACACAUCUUGGGACUGGGUGCGCUUUGAGGUGUGGGGCCAUAAAUGGGCUGAUGUCUCAGAACAUGGCUUUGGUGUGGCUCUUCUCAAUGACUGCAAAUAUGGCUACUCUGUUCAUCAGAAUAUCAUGACCUUGUCCUUACUACGAGCGCCAAAAGCACCUGAUGCCAAUGCAGAUAUGGGACAUCAUGAAUUCACAUAUGCAGUGAUGCCACAUGCAGGCUCAUUCCAGGAAGCCUCAGUCAUCCAGCAUGCAUACAACCUCAACUUCCCACUGCGCCUAAUUCCUGACAUGAACAACAUUCGUCCUUGGAGCAUGUUCACUGUGAGCUCAGCAGCAGUCAUUCUGGAGACCAUAAAACAGGCAGAAGGAAAAAACAAUUCCCUUGUCGUUCGUCUAUUUGAGUCACAUGGAAGCAGCGUCCUUGCAGUGCUGUCCACUCCCUUUCCAGUGAAAGAGGCUUGGCAUUGUGACCUAUUGGAGCAGCCCAAUUACAGUCGUCCUGCUGAAGUCAACGAUUCGAAGGUCUCCCUCACUUUUAGACCCUUUCAAAUCAUCUCACUCCUUUUACGGAUAUUUUAAGCCAAAUCAAAUGGCAGAUGCUGGGUGGUUGUAUUCUUAAAUUGUUAUAAUUAGCCUUUUAUUAUCAACCUUGAUAUUAACAUUUUUAAUGCCAUUUAAAAGUUUAUUUUAUAAUGUAAUUUUUUUUUGGUAAUUUCUGUAAAUUGAGAAAAUUAAAGUU